UAAAGCGCGGGGCUGCGGGACCAGACUUACUCGCGCUCCUGCCGCCUCCGCACCUAACCAUGGAGCGGCCGCCGCUGAGCGUCCUACUCGUCGGCGCCGCCGGCCUGCUGCUCCUGCUCCUGCCCCUCUCCUCUUCCUCCUCUUCGGACGCCUGCGGCCCCUGCGAGCCGGCCGCCUGCCCGCCCCUGCCCCCGCGGGGCUGUCCGCUGGGCGAGACCCGAGACGCGUGCGGCUGCUGCCCGGUGUGCGCCCGCGGCGAGGGCGAGCCGUGCGGGGGCGGCGGCGCCGGCAGGGGGCACUGCGCGCCGGGCAUGGAGUGCGUGAAGAGCCGCAAGAGGCGGAAGGGUAAAGCCGGGGCAGCAGCCGGCGGCCCGGAGGUGAGCGGCGUGUGCGUGUGCAAGAGCCGCUACCCGGUGUGCGGCAGCGACGGCGUCACCUACCCCAGCGGGUGCCAGCUGCGCGCCGCCAGCCUGAGGGCCGAGAGCCGAGGGGAGAAGGCCGUCACCCAGGUCAGCAAGGGCACCUGCGAGCAAGGGCCUUCCAUCGUGACACCCCCCAAGGACAUCCGGAAUGUCACUGGUGCCCAGGUGUACUUGAGCUGUGAGGUCAUUGGAAUCCCAACCCCAGUGCUCAUCUGGAACAAGGUAAAAAGGGGUAACCACGGAGUUCAAAGGACAGAACUCUUGCCUGGUGACCGGGAUAACCUGGCCAUACAGACUCGGGGUGGCCCAGAAAAGCAUGAAGUCACUGGCUGGGUGCUGGUAUCUCCUCUCAGUAAGGAUGAUGCUGGAGAGUACGAAUGCCACGCAUCCAACUCGCAAGGAGAGGCUUCCGCAUCGGCAAAAAUUACAGUGUUGGAUGCCAUAUAUUAAAUACCAGUGA